AUGUCCACGAAUCAAUUUGUCAAGCGACGUCCACAGUCGCCUCUUCCUCAGCAGGUCAACUCCACCGAGCCUGCCGCCCCCUCACCCUUGAGCUCUAUCGCAACUGCUCGCUCUGGCAUUGCAAUCCAAAGUGCAGCUCCGCUCCUUUCUCAGCAUGUCAGUAACAAAGGUUCACCAUUGCUGAACAACAUGAACGGCGCACACGAGCAUACACACGAAAACUGGCAAGGUCAUGCUGACAAGCACUUGGUUCCCGGUCUUGGUGACACUGCUUCAGCCGAAGGCAUAACGAAUAAUUUUGCGGACCCUUCACUGUCCACAAAUGGAUACGUGCCGCAAGUGGAUACCCAUAUUCAUGGCUAUAAUACUUAUGCGCCAUCCUAUAACGCUCCCCACGAUCACCACGACCACCACGACCAUCACGGUCAUCACGGUCAUCAUCGUCAUCACGAUCAUCAUCACGACCACCACGACCAUCACGGGCACGGCACACACGCUCACAAUCCAGACCAUCACGACCAUGCUCAUGGUCACUCCUUCCAUGACCAUGCCCACGACCAUCAUCACGGCCACCAUCAUUCCUUUCCUUCGGUUUACGUCCCGCCACUGCCCUCCUGGUCCGAGACAUUUACUAAUAUUUUACCCAUGCAAAAGACAUUAUUCACCUGGUUUGUUAUUCAUAUGCUGAUCGGUUUAACUGUGUGGUGGAUUGGCACGUCCAGUGAUAAUUUGGCUACGGUUGCCUUCUCAUACUUUGUGAUUUUUGAUGCGCUGGGAGUUUUCAACACUUUUAUUUCGAGCAUUGUGCGCCUUAAUCCUGCCUACCUGGCUUCGAAUACGAAAAGACCUUUUGGAGCACAGAGACUGGAAAUUGUGGUCGCUAUGGCAAUCAUUAUUUAUUUACUAUUUGCCACCAUGUACACGACAAAGGAGUCGUUGGAGCAUUUACUAUUAGAAGGCGAUGAGGAAGGGGACGAUCAUCAUGAAAAUGAAAUGGGUUUCGGCUCGUUCUUUAUCUUACUGUUGGCGAUUGGAGCUACUUUUGUAUCCUGCGUUGGGCUGAAAAAUCAUGAAUACCUUGUCAGAAUCUUCCGAGGUACUCUAACAACAGCGAACGGUUUUUCGUACAAUGUCAUCAAUCGAUCUCGUGGCAAUCCGAUCCAUGUGCUGAUGUCCAACAUUUACUCCUUUUCCAUCACCGUCUGUGGCAGCAUCGUGUUCCUGUUCAAUAUGUUGGGUUUUGUCACCCCUGCGAUUGAUAAGUUCAUGGCUUUCGGCAUAGCCUCGAUGAUGGCGUACUUGGGUGGACCUACUGCGAGUGCCUUAGCAAAGAUUUUGCUGCAAACAACACCGGACACAGUCUGUACUGGUAUCGAAAGUCGAUUACGCGAGAUUCGCCAUAAUCCGGAUGUCUUAAGCAUUGAUCGCGUUCAUUUCUGGCAGAAUUCUUACUUGAAUUGCAUCGGCACCAUUGAAGUCGUCAUAAAACCGGAAGCAAACGAACAGACAGUGCUACAGUUUGUAUACCAAAAACUGGAAGGCAUCGUGGGCGUCCACCUUUCCGACAAGGAGAGCGAUAAUCGAGAACCCGGCGAGCUGACCAUCAGCCUUGUAAAACCUUAA